AUGGCCGGUCAACUGAUGGGCGAGGCCUUCCACGCUCUGCUAAGGCGAGCGUCGGAAGAUACUGACCCUGAUGCGGGCUCGAAGGAGAUCACCAGCUCCUGGGCGCUUUUCAUUAUGAUCAUGCUGUUGAUGUUUGCCCUCUUCACGAGCUACAUCCUGCAGCAGAGGAAGAUCCAAGCUGUGCACGAGACUGUGCUGUCCAUUUUCGCAGGCAUGUUCGUCGGUCUUAUCAUCCGCCUCACCUCCGAAUCAAACCUCCAAGACAGCGUUGCCUUCGACUAUCAAUUCUUCUUUAACCUCCUUCUACCACCAAUCAUCCUUGCGUCCGGCUAUGAGCUUCACCAAGCAAAUUUCUUUCGCCACAUCGGCACCAUUCUAACCUUUGCCUUCGCCGGCACUUUCAUCUCGGCCAUGGUACUUGGCCUGAUUCUAUACUUGUGGACGCGGAUCCCGCUGGACGGGCUGAACAUUUCAUUUGUGGAGGCACUCUCGGUCGGUGCGACGCUUUCUGCUACAGACCCUGUCACUAUCUUGGCGAUCUUCAACCUCUACAAAGUCGAGCCGAAACUAUAUACCAUCAUCUUUGGCGAGUCGAUCCUGAACGAUGCCAUUGCUAUUGUGCUGUUCGAGACUGCGCAGAAGUAUGCUGAAAAUGAUGCUGGCUCGCUCACUUUCCUUCAUCUAUUUGAAGCUGCCGGGCUUUUCCUGCUCGUUUUCUUCGGUAGCAUGUUGGUUGGUAUUGUGGUUGGCAUCGCUACGGCGCUGGGACUGAAGUAUACGUUGGUGAGACGCAUGCCUAAGAUUGAGAGUUGCUUGAUUAUCCUCAUUGCUUACGCGAGUUAUUUCUUCUCCAAUGGCGUUCAUCUUUCUGGUAUUGUGUCUCUGCUGUUCUGCGGAAUCACUCUCAAGCAUUACGCUUACUACAACAUGUCCCGCCGGACUCAGUUGACUACUAAAUACCUUUUCCAAGUUAUGGCCCAGCUUUCGGAGAAUUUUAUUUUCAUCUACCUGGGCUUGGACUUGUUUGUCGAGUCGAACCUCAAGUUCAACCCACUCUUCAUCCUUGUUGCGGUCUUUGGCAUCUGUCUUGCCCGCUACUUGGCCGUGUUUCCGCUUUCCAAAGCCAUUAAUUGGUUCAUCCGCUACAAGGCUCGACGCCGUGGCAUUGAGGUCGCAGAUGAACUUCCCUUUGCCUACCAAGCCAUGCUCUUCUGGGCCGGUCUGCGUGGUGCCGUCGGUGUUGCACUGGCUGCCGGUCUUGCGGGAGUGAACGCACCGACACUGCGCGCGACAGUCCUAGUUGUGGUCGUGUUGACCGUCAUUAUCUUUGGAGGCACCACAGCCCGCAUGCUGGAGAUAUUGGGCAUUCGGACCGGAGUUGUCGAGGAAAUAGACUCCGACGACGAGUUUGAUAUCGAGGUGACCCACGGCGGCACCUACUACAAGCGCUCUGGCACUGCCCUGGGCUACACCCCCACCCGGCGUCCUAGCCCCCGUCAAGGCCACACCCGUAUGUAUUCUGACGCCUACGGCCCCAAGGACGUUGGAUCGCGACGUGAUCGCACAUCAACAGCAACUCUCCUGAACGGCGGUACAGCCGGGCCCAGCCUCGGCGGUGGCGACAGCGACGACGAGUUCGGCCUCCCGCCCUCAGGCAGGAACCGCGGGAACCUAGUCGCCCACCCCGAUGAGUUCGAUCUCGACAUGGAAGGUAUCUCCGACGACGACCUCCCACCGAUCGCCGGCGGCCACCGCCUGCGCCGCUCCGCAUCCCACCCGUCACCAGGAGCAACACAUACGCCCUCCUCCAACGCAGCCUCUGCAAGCGUAUCACCUGCCCGCCGCGAAUCAUCCGGCCUUAGCGCGCGCGACGCACUUCGGGAUCUCUUCUCCGGAGGAGCGAGCGGUGACCACGCGGCAUGGUUCCGCCAAAUCGAUGAAGACUUCAUCAAGCCUAAGCUGCUGCUUGAUCAGUCGAAUCACAAAGGGCCUGGCCCUGGGGCGGUUUGA